AUGGUAACAAUUGGAAAUGCUCAUGAAGAUUUGAUUCAUGAUGCUGUAUUAGAUUAUUAUGGUAAAAGAUUAGCCACUUGUUCUUCAGAUAAAACAAUAAAAAUAUUUGAAAUUGAAGGAACUGAAAAUUACAAAUUAUCAACCACAUUAACAGGACAUGAAGGUCCAGUAUGGCAAGUAUCUUGGGCACAUCCAAAAUUUGGAUCUAUAUUAGCCAGUUGUUCAUAUGAUGGUAAAGCCUUAAUCUGGAAAGAAAGUCCAGAAACUCAAACUUGGUCAAUAAUUGCCGAACAUAAUGCUCAUCAAGCAAGUGUGAAUUCAGUUAGUUGGGCUCCUCAUGAAUUAGGUGCUGUAUUAUUAUGUACUUCUUCAGAUGGAAAAGUUUCAGUAGUUGAUUUCAAUGAUGAUGGAACUACUUCUCAUGCUAUAUUCGAUGCUCAUGCUAUAGGUGUGAAUGCAGCAUCUUGGGCUCCAAUCAGUAGUACCGCUUCAUCAGGUCCACAAUCCAAGGAUCCUUUGGCUUUAAAACAACAACGUAGAUUUGCUACUUGUGGUUGCGAUAAUUUAACUAAGAUUUGGAAAUAUGACGCACAUACUAAUAAUUAUGUUGAAGAAGCAAGAUUGGAAGGACAUACUGAUUGGGUUAGAGAUGUUGAUUGGUCUCCUUCAAUUUUAGUAAGAUCAUAUAUUGCAACUGCUUCUCAAGAUCGUACUGUGUUGAUUUGGAGUCAAGAUAACGAUGGAAAAUGGCAAAAACAACUAUUAACUGAAGAAAAAUUCCCUGAUGUUUGUUGGAGAUGUUCUUGGUCAUUAUCAGGAAACAUUUUGGCCGUCUCUGGAGGCGAUAAUAAAGUCAGUUUAUGGAAAGAAAACUUACAAGGUAAAUGGGAAUCUGCAGGUGAAGUUGAUCAAUAA